GAUCUAGGGUUCGGGCAUGGAUUUCGGAAUGAACUAGGCGCUACUAGCGCUGCAUCCGACGCUCUAGGAGACCUUUAGUCGACGAUAUACACUAAUCACUGAUGCACGUUCCACCUUUCUCCUCUACCCUCUAGCACUCGACGUCCCCUCUCAGGCUCAGGCAGCGACCCCGCUUUCGUCUGUCUUUUUUAACCAUGUCCGUUGCUUCGUUGACCACCGGAGUGAUGAUCAACUCGACAGCGGAGUCGCUGACCAGCCGACAUCCAGUAGAACAGGAUGAUAGCGACGGUAGUUUCUCUUCUACCGCAUCAUGCCAGCCUUUGCCAACCACCAUGGGUAAUCUGGACUUCUCUUCUUCUUCGCUGGUUCCAACUCUUGCGUCUCUGAGAAUCCAAGUGCUUUCUUACCUGGCCGAUUUGGAAGCACGUCUGGCAGCCUUGGAAUCGCCUGUAUCAGCGGAACCGAUGAAGUCAAAGCAGGAGAAUACAAUGGGGGAUGCCAGAACAUGUGUGCAGACUGCAUUGGAGAUGUUGCGAAGUAUCCGUGAAGAUGUGUGCUCGCACCUUCCGGAUAUACACUUGGACUUCGAGGAGUUUGUCAAAUCGCACAUGCCUGACAAACAUACCCUGGACGAGAUGCGUUCCCAUGCGCCAACCAUGCCCUCUGCCAUGCGCUCACGACUCGAUGACGUUCGUUCCCGGAUAUCCGACAUAGACUUUCAUAAACCCCUAGAAUAUAUCCCGACGCUCUCUGAGCACUUGAAUACCCUUCAGGCCCAUUUGUCUUCUGUGGAGCUACCACACAGCUAUUCUGAAUCCGUUGCCAAGCUCAAACCUAGUGGGGUCUAUGACCUGAUCGACAAAGUUCUAUCCUCGGAAUUCGAUGGUGAAGUCAUUACGGAGAGUUUGGAGGGAGAGGACAUGAUUGAAAGGGCUGCCCGUGAGAUUGCGAGAGCCAUCAAGGUCUCCGUGAACGGCAUUCGAUUAGUCACAUACGAAGAUCUUCCUCACAAGUGGCAAAACAAUCAUUUUGUCUCUCGUGGCUACCGCUUUAUUCCUCUCGAGAACUGGCCUCGUCUCAUCUUAUCCUGGUUUACAUGGCAUAACGAGACCUUAAACAUUCACACUCAUCUGAUGCCAUUCGCAUACUGGUUCCUCACACUCGUCCCUAUCAUCCCCUCUCUUGCGUCUCCUCUAUCUGUAGAGACUGAACUUCCAACAAUAGCGUACAUGACAUUUGCUCUUCUUACUCUGUUCGCGAGUUCGAUCUGGCAUACAAUGUCUGGAUGUGCACAUCUAAAGGGCAUGGAACUAUGUGCUCGUGCUGACUACAUCAGUAUCGGAUGGUUGAUUAGUGCGAGUGUUGGCUCGGUGGUACACUACGGCUUUGGCUGUCAACCGCACUUACAACAAGCGUACCUCUCAAUGUGUGCAUUUUUCUGCGUCUCGGCUACAAUCAUGCCCUUCAGCAGUUGGUUCAACAACCGAGAAUACAGGCCAUAGCCAUACCGACACGCAUUCUUCAUCGCUUUAUUCAUGUCAUCUUGGGUGCCUCUAGCACAUCUUUCCUACCUUCACUCCCCCGAAGAAAUGUUCACAUUCCUUCGUCCAGUCACGUACUCCCUCUACUGGUACUUUGCCGGCUUCUUCUUCUACGCCUCCCACUUCCCCGAACGAUUUUUCGUCAGGGCUGGCAACCCUCACUGGCUGGACUGGGUCGGCGGAGGCUCUCACGCUAUCUGGCACAUAUGCGUUGUGCUUGGUGUUGUGUUCCAUCGCGAUGCACUUCAAGAACUCAAGAACGGUUUCAUCCCGGGGCAAGCAUGUGUUCUUUAACUUUAAAAGCUCUGACGGGCUUGUUAGAAGAUACAAAGCAGCAAAUGGUAAUGACUUCAUAGAUAGUGUUGUGGGCCGGCGUGCUGACGGCCGUGCUUUAUAUUUGCGGGGUACUCCUGGUCAUUGUUACCUGUAUAUAGUUUGAUCAUAACGACGCCAUUCAUACACUAUACUACUCGUACAUUCGUUGCUUUCGACGAGUAUUAAUCAUGUAAUUCUGCAUAUACCAUGUCCCAUAUAUGUUGCUUUGUGGUUGGUUAACGUUCAGUAUGGCGGAUGUCACUUCAGUUGCCCGCUCAGAUCUCGCCAGGGCCAGGGGUUCAAUGGAAAUCUUAUCAUACAUAUAAUGCAUUAAACAACCGCGAAUCAAACACAUAUCACUAG